UUGGUAAAAGAUAAAUUCAGUUUUCUUCUUUAUCUUUUCUUAGUUAAGUUUCUUUAUAACCUAAAAAAAGUUAAAAAAGUCAACUAUCACAAGGAGUAAAGUUUGUUGUGAUACAAUACUUGGAAAAAUAUCAGGAUUUAUUGUUAACAAUCAAAAGUUGUUAAUCAAGAGAAAAAUGUUGUUAUUCUGCCCAACAUGUGGAAACGCUCUCCAGAUCGAAGAAGACCGCCAAAUGCGCUUGGAGUGUCCAACUUGCCCGUAUAUUUUCAAAGUAACCCGAAAAAUAUCAACGAGAAAUUACCCUAAGCUGAAGGAAAUCGAUGAUGUCCUAGGAGGUGAAGAAGCCUGGAAGAACGUCGAGUCAACCGAAGUAACUUGUCCUACCUGUUCCCACAAGCGAGCUUACUUCAUGCAGCUUCAAACGCGUUCCGCUGAUGAACCUAUGACUCUUUUCUACAGAUGUGCUCAAUGUGCUUACAAUUGGAAAGAGGGUUAA